UCUUUGGGGCAGGGCGGGGCGAAGCAGGGCGGGAAGAAUAGGCUUUCUUUCAAACGAUCCAAUCUCUUUCCUAGACUUUCCCGGGCCAGUGCGCUCUCCAUUUGAUGAUCACCAUUUUGGCUCCUUCUGCUGCCUCAUUGGCUUCUUCCUCCCAGUGAAAGAGUUGGCUCUUCCUUCCUCGCUGUUUCGUCUUCCUGGGUCCAUGCCACCCAGCUCACACCUCAUUGGGCUGCAACGCUGUUUUCCUGCCUGCAGGAUGCCGGGUUUUUCCCCAGUAUUCAUUCAAGAAAAACUAUCAGAACAUCCCCAAACUACAAAAUGUUCUGGAAAAUGGAUUGGAGUAGGAGAUAAGUGUUUCCGUUUUUCUGAAGAUACUAAGAAUUGGACAGACAGUAAAAUAUUUUGCAGUUCCCAGAGAUCAGAACUUGCUAAAAUUGAUACACCUGAAGAUAUGGACUUUUUGAAGAAGCACACAGGAACAUCUAUGCACUGGAUUGGGUUGAGCAGAAAACAAGGAGAGCCUUGGAAAUGGACAAAUGGCACCACAUUCAAUGCUUGGUUUGACAUUGCCGGGAAUGGAUUAGUUGCUUUUCUGAAUGCUGAUGGAGUUUAUAGUUCAAGGGGAUUUGUUGAUAUCAAGUGGAUUUGCAGCAAACCUAGAUUUUAAUAGAGAAAAAAAACUGGGAAAUGACUACCACAGUUUGGGAAUAGACUAGCACUGGCUGGAUAGCUCAGUUGAUUGGAGCAUUUUCCUGUACACCAAAAGGUUGCGGGUUCCUGCUCAGGACAGAUACCUAGGUUUCAGGUUAGAUUCCAGGUGGGAACACAUUCAGGAGGAAACAGAAUGAUGUUUCUCUCUCCCGUCUCCUCUCUCUCUCUCAAAUCAAUAAACAGAUACUCAGGUGAGCAUACAAAAAAUAACAUGAAAAACUAAAGUUAUUUUUCACUUCUGAGGCUGUGAACGUGUGGCAGGAUAGGAAGAAGUUAGAGAAAACUCCCAACAAGUAAAAUGAGGAAGCUGGAGGGG